AAAACUGGACUCAUUUGAACACCAGCUUCGAGGAGCUGCCGUUGGACAUGAGAUUCAACCAUGGACAUAUGGUGUCUAUAACUGUGUACAGUGUACUGAUGGUGAUAUCAGCUACUGGGAACUUGACAGUGUUAUCGCAGUUAGUGAAAAGAAGAAGGGCGGGGAGGGCGAGCCGGUUGGAUGUACUCCUUAUGCAUUUAGCUGUAGCUGAUUUAAUGGUGACAUUCCUCAUGAUGCCAUUGGAGAUAGCGUGGGCAGGUACGGUACAAUGGCUGGCCGGGGACCUCAUGUGCAGACUGAUGAUGUUCACGCGUACCUUCGGCCUUUAUCUCUCCAGCUUCGUGCUCAUCUGCAUAGCCAUCGAUAGGUAAAUAUCUUUAUCUAUCUAUCUAUAUGAUCAUUAUCAGCUUAUUUCCACUAAUCACUACGCCUCAUGGAGCUCCUAUUUAUUUAUCCACGAAUCCCUUUCUCCUCCAGUUUUAACAAAUUUCAACUCCAAUAUCCUCCAAAAAAACAUAACAAAAAGUAGUGGUAUUCUCAUCGACGUAAAUGUCUAUCAAAUGAGAAAGAGUAUCCAAUUCGAAAAAAAUCUUUUAAACUGUGAUUGAAAUCCUAGACAGCCCGCAUCUUGGGAGUAUGUAUGUCUUGAUAAAAUUGAAAACAGUUUUUUAAAUUAAUCAGAUAACAUAUAUUAAUUAUAACACAUAUCAAGUAACCUACUAAUAUUAUAAAGGUGAUAAUAUAAUAGAACAGAUUUAAGCACUAUGAAAAUAUAAAUGAAAUGAAAUGAAAAUAUCUUUAUUCAAGUAAGCUUAUUUCAAGCACAUUUGUCUCGUCUAAAAAAAUUUUUCACCCUACCACUUGUUCAGGACGUCUUUUGGCUGACAAGAAGAACAAGCGAAAGAAACUUACCAGCUCUUUCUCAAAAUAAUAUGUAUUAUCACAAUAAUAAAUACAACUUUCAAAGUCUGUGGGGCAAAGGUUGUACAUAUAAUUAGUCGUUAUAGAACAAAGCGAAGGCUAUUAAUUUCAUGCAUUGCGUUCCUUAAAAUAAUCAUCAAGCUUAUAUGUAAUAGCCUUUACUCAUAAGUAUGUUCUUUACAUGAAUUUUAAAUUUAUUUAUGGGUAGGUCAAUUACAUUAUGUGGAACUUUAUCGAACAUAGCAAUGCAUUUACCUAGAAAUGAUCCUCUGGUUUUCUGAAGUCUGAAUCUUGGAACGGCAAGUUUAUUUUUAUUUCUUGUGGUAAGAAUACGAACACUACUUUUUUAUGUGAAGGAAUCGUAAUGUUUUCUUGCGUACAUGAUAUUAUCAUAUAUAUAUUGAGAGGCAACAGUCAAAAUAUUUAUUUCUUUAAAUAUUUCUCUGAGAGAUUCCCUAGACCGUAAAUGAUAUAUAGCGCAGACAGCUCUCUUUUGUAGAAUAAAAAUAUCUUGAAUGCUAGCCACAGAACCCCACAACAAUAGACCUUAUGUCAUUACACUAUGAAAAUAGCUAAAAUAUACCAAUCUUGCGGUUUCAACAUUUAUCAAGAGUCUAAUUUUCUUAACAGCAAAUGCUGCAAAACUCAGUCUACUUGACAAGUUACCAAUAUGAGGAUCCCAUUGCAGUCAGGAUUUAAACAUUAUCAGCUUCAGAAUACUGAUUUACGUUUAAAUUUAGAAAAAAAAACUAAAUUAUUCGUUUUUGCCAGUGGUAUAUUCCUCUUAUAAUCGAAGUUCGAUUUAUAUUCCGAACUCGAAUCACAGCUGGGUCGGCGAACAACUUUAUUAUUGCGUUCUAAAUCUCAUAGGAUGAAACUUUGGAAUCAGUCACAUACUAUAUGAACUUUACUAUACGAAACUUUGGAAUCAGUCUCGGAAUCACUUUGUACACAGAAGUGAUUUUACUAGGUACUCGUACAUAUAUUUUACAGUUACAGUUUCUAAAGAAACAAUUGACUAACUUUUAUACCUAUUUAUCUUUAGAUAAUAAUCAUAUAUCGUAGUUUAAAGUUUUACUGAGACUUCAAUGAAUUGGUAUGUUGAAUUUAUGAUUCACUCUGAUCAAAGUUUACAAUGCUAUCCGACCGAAUUCCGAUCGCUAAAUCAAAGUGAUUUUAUUUUAUGAUUUGUUGCAAGUCUCUACAAGUAAAUGUAUCGUUUUUUGUUUUUUUUUUAUAAUGAUAGGCUUACUCACAUAAUUUCCCUUUUUAAAAUAUCUUAAUUAUUUGAAAACAUGCUUUCAAAUUUGAAGACAGCUCAGUGAGUGUGUUUGCGAUCACUAAUUAAUAAUAAUUAAUUUUCACCCACACUUUCGUUUUUCACCUUGUCGUUUUAAUAAAAGACGACAAGUUUUAUAAAUUUAAGGCCGUACUGGACGCCCGCGGGCACAUUUGCGGUGACGACCGCGGCGCGCGAAAUUGGUCCGUUUCCGACGCUAGGUGGUUAGCAGAGCAAUUCUGUAGUAAUCCGAACCCGAAUUCGAAUUCACUCAGGUGAGCGAAUUCGAAUUCUCGACCUUAGAGGUCUCUAUUAAUCAUUUGUGUGUAUUAUUAUUUCAGAUAUUAUGCAAUCCUCAAGCCCCUAAAUAUUACGUGGGAAGCGGGAGUGAAACGAGCGUUGAUGAUAGCAUGGGGCUGCGCUGUCUUGGCCAGUUUGCCACAAAGCUUCAUUUUCCAUUUAGAUGAGCAUCCAGAAGUUAAAGGGUAAGUUAUAUUACAUCGCAUAUUUCUAACAUUACUCCUACGGCAAACAGUUUUAAUUUUGAACAAACGAAAAACACGUGAUUGGUUUAAGUAUAUGUUUAAGGAACUGUGUACUGCUAAAGAAGGCCCACUGAUUGCUAAAAAUAGGUUUAAAUUACAUAUUUUUGGACUAACUAAUCAGUCCGUGCGGAAGUGCAAUUGAAACGUAUUCUAGUUUCCUUUGUAGAAAUCUAAAAGUCUAAACAAUGGGCAGUAUUAAAAUUAUCUUUUUAUAAGAAACUUUUGUUUGAUCAACAGAGCAAUUCCGUAAAAAU